GUCUCGUACCGCCAUCUAUCGGCCAACCGGGCAACGUAGCACACCUGCCUCCGCGAGAGACACCGAUCGACAUUCACCGUCGCGCUCGCACUAGUGGCACGUAAAAAUAACCUCAAAACGUCUGAUCGUGAAUCAACCAAUCACCCAAAAUAUUGUCUCACGUUUAUUUCGACAGUGAUAUUAACAAUACACAUUCAGUGCAGACUGGAACAGUGUUCAUGUGAUAUAACUGAAAGAACUUCUGGAUUUAUCGCCUUGAAGUGUAUCUUGCGUGUGAUUCUGUCAAUAACGAAAGUUUGUUAGACCAAAAUAAUAUGUUCGUUUUGGUGGGCUGUCGUUGGGCAGCCCCCAAAUUUAGUGCCAGUAUGUGGUGGUAUUUGUUUUUCUGUGUGCUAUACAUUAAAACUAAUGUUGUGUUCAGUUCGAAUACCACUGGAGCAGUUCCUGGCAAUGUGUGCUCAUUGAAGCAAUUCCAGUGUGCGAACGGGAGGUGUAUACCGAUGACAUGGGUGUGCGAGGGAGAAAACGAUUGCGGGGAUAACUCCGAUGAAAACAUCGAGGAAUGUAAAAAAGAGAGUCGCACGUGCACAUCGUCUGAAUUUCGAUGCAAAACCGGCCGCUGUAUACCGACAUUAUGGCGUUGCGACAACGAAAAGGACUGUUCCGACGGAUCCGAUGAAGAACCCAGCACCUGCAAAGUGGAGGCUUGCGGUCCUGAAGAAUUCACAUGCAGAGGGAAAAGGGGUGAAUGCGUGCCUCUCACUUGGAUGUGUGACGACAACGUGGAUUGUUCUGAUGGGUCCGACGAAAAAGCAUGCAAUGAAACAUGUCGAUCUGACGAGUUCACAUGCGGAAACAGCAAGUGUAUACAGCAACGAUGGGUCUGCGAUGGCGACGACGACUGUGGCGACGGCAGCGACGAAGUGAAGUGUCCAGCGCCCACUUGCCAGCCUCAUAGUCACUUUACAUGCGCGGACGGCCACUGUGUUACGGCGCGGUGGAGGUGCGACGGAGAUAUCGACUGCCCCGAUGGAAGUGAUGAAUUGAAAUGUGCCAGCCCACCGAAGGUGAUAUCACCAUGCAUCGCCACAGAAUACGAGUGUAAAGACCGCAUGACAUGCGUACACAGGGCUUGGGUUUGUGAUGGUGACCGCGACUGUCCAGACGGUGGAGACGAAGCCCCAGAAAUAUGUAACGGUAACCGUACAUGCAGAAUUGACCAGUUCCAAUGCAAAGAUCACAGUUGUAUUCCGGGAGCAUUCUAUUGCAACGGAGAAAAAGAAUGCCCGGAUGGCAGCGACGAAGUUAACUGCACACGACCGAAACCUGUGUGCGACAAGAGGACAGAAUUCGAUUGCGGUGGCGGAAUGUGCAUACCGCUGUCUAAAGUUUGCGAUAAACAUCCAGACUGUCCCAACUUUGAAGAUGAGCCUCCAAACCGAUGCGGAGAAAACGAAUGUGCCAAAAGCAACGGUGGAUGCACACAGCGAUGCGUUGACACGCCUGUUGGUUACUACUGUGAUUGUGAGAAAGGAUACAAGCUCACCGAUAACAGAACAUGUGAAGAUAUUGACGAAUGUUUAGAUCCGGGAGCCUGUUCUCAAAUAUGUAUUAACGAAAAGGGCACCUUCAAAUGCGAGUGUCAGCCUGGCUACGCAAGAGACCCAAUGGAUAGAACCCACUGCAAGGCAACCGAAGGCCAUCCUUCACUUCUAUUCGCUAGACGGUUUGACAUUAGAAAGAUCAGUCUCGACCAUCACGAAAUGGUGGCCAUUGUAAAUGAUACCAAGUCGGCUACUGCGCUUGAUUACGUCUUCAGAACCGGAAUGAUCUUUUGGAGUGAUGUCAUAGAAGAAAAAAUUUACAAGGCACCAAUUGAUGAAGGCAGUCAACGGACAGUCGUUAUAGGCGAUCAGCUCAUCACCUCGGAUGGACUUGCAGUAGACUGGGUUUAUAACCAUCUAUACUGGACAGAUACUGGCAAAAACCACAUCGAGCUAUCGGACUUGCAGGGAAACAUGAGGAAGAUUCUUAUUCGGGACCAGCUUGAAGAGCCGCGAGCAAUAGCAUUGAAUCCUCUUGACGGAUGGAUGUAUUGGACAGACUGGGGUCAAGUGCCGAAGAUUGAACGCGCUGGUAUGGACGGCUCCCAUAGACAAACCAUAGUGUCCUACGACGUGAAAUGGCCUAACGGUCUCACACUAGAUCUUGUUCGCAAACGAGUGUACUGGGUUGACGCUAAAUUGAACACCAUCUCGUCGUGCAACUACGACGGUACAGGUCGACGUGUCGUCCUCUACUCCACCGACUUCCUGCGGCACCCGUUUUCGAUUACAACAUUUGAAGACUCAGUGUACUGGACCGACUGGGACAAGACUGCUGUUUACCGCGCCAACAAAUUCAACGGGAAGGGAGUUGAAGCCAUCACAUCUACACAUACGCUUCAAAAUCCGAUGGUGAUCCACGUGUACCAUCCAUACCGUCAACCCGAUGGUGUGAACCACUGCGCAGCUGUCAACGGCCACUGUUCACAUUUGUGCUUGCCUGCGCCCCGGAUAGGCCCCUACUCACCAAAGGUUUCCUGCUCCUGCCCCAACGGUUUACGACUUCUGCCUGACAACCAAAUGUGCGUCGAAGACAAUACAGUAAAUCCUGAAGUGGAGGUGCAUAAACCUGCAAAUGAUUCAAAGAAAUCUAUAGUUAUUGAGGAAAAGCCUAAGCCCAACGUUCCUGAAACAACAAAUAAGGCUGGAUCUGGAAUCUCAAGUAGCGGGCGCGAUGCAAGCGUAGUUGCGGGCAUAGUUGUUGCAGUCAUCUCAGGAAUAAUAAUACUCGGAGCUCUGAUCGCGGUUGUCAUGUACCGACAUUACGUACAUCGUAAUGUCACCUCUAUGAACUUCGACAACCCUGUCUACCGCAAGACUACAGAGAAUCAGUUCGCGCUCGAACAAAAUGGCUACGCACCGGGCAGCAAAUUAUACCCCAGUACUGUGGGAGAGGAGAGUCAAGAGCCGCUCAAUACACCUGGUACAAAUAACUUUGUAUAGUGCAAGAGCCGGGAGUAAAUAUAUUAUUAUGUCUUUAAAUGUGAAAAGAAAAAGAAGGACAUGUGAUACUUUAAAAAAAUAUAGUGUAAACCAGUGAAUGAGGACGCAGCUAACUUUAUGUAGUGAACGUUUAUUGUUAGUUUUAGUGCAGUGAAUGUCGUGGAGCAUUGGAACAAAGUUCUUUUUUGCUAUCAAGCUAUCGUUUACGUGGAACUCGAAAUUAAUACUAAGUAUAUGGGGUUAUUACACUACAUAACAUUGUCAACAAUGUUUUAAAUCUGAGAUCUUGCUUUUGUAUUACAUGUUUAUAUCACAUAAUGUACUAGAAUAUGAAUUGUGUCGGCUAUACUUUUGGAAUUCAGUGAAAGUUUAAGUGACGUUAUAACCAAUGGGAUUACAUUCAUCUGUGAUGGACAUAUCACAUACUCUUGAAACUGUAGGUACGGACUGAUAAGAAAUUCGUUUUCUAAGCCUGUCUAUCAAAUUUUUCGCCUAUAAAUUUUUCUUUUAAUAUCACAUGUAAUUUUAUUGGGUAUAGCUAAGCAAUUACGCCUGGUGCAUUGCAGUUAUUGAUAGUGUUUAUAAAUUUUUAUAUUCCAUUUUUAGUUAAGGGUUUUAACGCUUUUUGUGAGAAACUUUACACACCUUAUAUUAAAACGUAGAUGCUCAUAUCCAAAAGUGAACACUCCAUUAAUAAGCAUAAAAGAGCAACCUUAUAUGCGGAAAAAAAUACCGAAGAUGAAAGUUACUAAUUUAAUCAUUUUAACUCUGUUUUUAUAUAGAUAAUAAUAUUAAUUUAUUGGAAUUAUGAAUGUUUUAAUGAAAUGUCUAAUGUAAGUUACAUUAGCUGAUGUUAGGCUAUUUAUUAAACCGCUGUAUUUUAUGUGCCAACUUGUAGUGAAUUCAAUUAAUCAAUCGCCAAAUAAAUGUUCUUAACGAUACCUACUCAUUUUUGUAUCUCAAUUAAUUAUAUAAAUAUAAAUUCAAAUUUUAUAGUUCAUUUAAAUGUAUAUUUAUACUGUUGUACAUUUAAAACAGUUUUAAUAUUUCGUUAUAUAUUUUAUGUGAAAGUUGGGUUGUACGUAUUUUUAUUCACAACAUCAUAGGCCUGUAUUCGGACAAUGAAAUUUCAAGCAAAAUCCUGCCAAACCCUCUAAAUCUAUAUUAGUUUGUAAUACACCUAUUUGUAAUGUAAUUACAAUUACAUAACUUGAUGCACAUUUCAUAUGAUACGCCUAGCUCAAUAAGUGUGGUCACUAAAUUAUAUUAUGUAAAUAUCGUCAAUAAAAUAUUAUGUAAAAUGUGUUAA